AUGGAGCAGACAGGGCAAUUCGAGAAACAGAUUAACUACAAGAUGAUCAGCUACCCGUCUUCCAAGACGCUACCACCAGAAAUCGUAUCUCUGGUUCUCGAAGAAUUCGAUUACGACAUCUGGCCACUCAGGAAGUGCUCCCUGGUAUGCAAGUCAUGGCGCAAUCUAUCCCUUCCCUUCCUUUUCCACCAUCUCUGUCUAUCGGACGGGAAGACAUUUCUACGUGCAUUUCGCCUAUUGGUGGUCGAUGCUCCCCACAUUGGCCAGUUUGUCCGUGAAAUAUUGAUUGGGAAAAGCAUCGCGGCACAAAGCUCUGAGCUUCUCUUUCUGGCAAACACAACAGACAAGGAGCGUCUGGAAGCGUUAUUUCUCGCACUUCCCGGACUGAAGGUUCUACAUUGUGGCUUCGGUGGUCAUCUUACAAUCCCCUUGACUCUCCUUCGGUCGUCAAUUACUACACUCUACCUCGACGGCACUAUAGAGCCUAUCAACGAGCUAAUGAUUCUCCUACAAGCGGGUGCGGAAACAAUUCGCUUUUUGACGAUCCAAAACGUGGUCUAUCGGGGCCUAUCGUCUGACCAACUACUGUCGAGAAACAUGCCGUUCCCGGGAUGUAUGCUUGCACUCGAAGAGCUUUCUAUCAUUUGGUGUGACGAGCUCCCUUUCCUUCCAUCCACGAUCCAGAUGCCGAAUCUGAGAACGUUGAAACUAGACAACUGCGAUGGCUCGAUCUUGUCUUGUGUCCCUGCCUCAUUGGACACUUUAGCAUUUCAGAUAGAACCGGAUAUGUCGCUCCCAGCCAAUAAACUCCUCACUGUGGAGAACGUCGUUGUAUUUUGCGACACCGUCGAUAUCGACGAUCAGCUCAGCGAGCAUAUGAUUGGGAAACUCUGCGUCACGUCGGUGAUCAAGCGACUCGAACUCCUGCUGCUAUUCUUCGAUUGUGGCGACGACAUUCCUCACGAUUUCGCUUUUAUGAUCGACAAAGACUUCGAAGAUGACAUGCUGCGUCUGCACCGACAUGGAUCGCUCGAACGGGUUAUUGUGACGUCCAAAUUCUGCCCAGAAAUGGUUCACGCCAUGUUCCCCAAGCUGUCCAACCUUUGCAUAUUGGACGUCCGAACUUCAGAUGUGUCACCGGUGCUUGCGCCUCAGCGCCGCCGGUUUAUCAACACCCGGAAUGGGUUGUGGAGCUGGAGUUCUAGUUGGUAA